UUCUCUGCCCCUCUCCUCUUCUUUCGCAGUUAGACUGACUACCGAUGAUGGCAAAACGGGAACAUGAUCAGAAAAGUCCGCUGAAAGCGCCUGGGCUGCAACACUCUGCCGUCCCCCAGGGCAGUCCACUUCAGCUGAAUUAGGACUCACCCCCUCCCCUCUCCUCUCCUCUCCCGUUCAUCCCCCUCUCCGAAGGAAGCAGCCAACAGCUCGCCUCGCGCUCGCUCACUUACCCCAGAGAGCUGUUUCCACCGCGCGGCUCCCAGCAGGCACACCGCGAGGCUUUAACCGCCGUAGCCGUAGCCGUACUUCACCCACCGGAGAUGAUCGUGCAGGCUGUUCUGCGUUCCCUGGGCACCAUGCUAGCGGGGGUCUGCCUGGUCUUCUUUGUCCAGCUGCCUGCUUGCUUCGCCACGGCCAGCAGAACAACCGCUCUGCAAGAUGUGGAUGAGUGUGCGACGUCUAAGGAUAACUGCAGUCUGGAUGCCAUCUGCCAGAAUACGCCGCGCUCCUACAAGUGCAUCUGCAAGUCUGGUUACAGUGGAGACGGCAAAGUAUGUCAAGAUAUAGACGAGUGUACGGGCGAGCUGAAUGGGGGGUGUGUCCACGACUGCAUCAACAUUCCAGGCAACUACAGGUGCACCUGCUACGAUGGCUUCAGACUCGCAGACGACGGACACAACUGCAUAGACGUGGAUGAGUGUCGGACGGCUAAGGGCGGCUGCCAGCAGACGUGUGUGAACAACGUGGGCAGCUACGAGUGCCAGUGCGAGGAUGGCUACUUCCUUAGCGACAACCAGCACACCUGCAUACAGAGGCCCAAAGUGUUGGCAGGAAAGAAUGGUGCCACGUGUAUGGAUAAGAACCACGGCUGUGCCCACAUCUGCCGCGAGACGCCAAAGGGCAUCGCCUGCGAGUGCCGGCCGGGCUUUGAGCUCACACGCAAUCAGAGGGACUGCAAACUGACAUGUAGCUAUGGUAACGGUGGCUGUCAGCACAUCUGCGAGGACACGGACCACGGACCCCGAUGCACCUGCCACCCCAAAUUCGCCCUGCACAGCGACGGAAAGACCUGUGUAGGGGAGAGAGAGAGGACUGUGCCGCAGCAGAAAGCACCCCAGCCCUUUCCCAAUGAGACGUGCACGGUUAACAAUUGUGGCUGUGACAGUAUGUGCCAGACGUGUGCGGUUAACAAUGGCGGCUGUGACAGCACGUGUCAUGAUGCGAUGGCUGGCGUUCGCUGUAGCUGCCCCGUCGGGUUCACUCUGCAGUCCGACCGCAAGACCUGCAAAGACAUAGACGAGUGUACCCACUCCAAUGGGGGCUGUGACCACGUCUGUAAGAACACGGUGGGAAGCUUCGAGUGCAGCUGCAAGAAGGGAUACAAGUUGCUGACCAACGAGAGGACAUGCCAGGAUAUUGAUGAGUGUUCGUUUGACCGAGCGUGUGAGCACUCCUGUGUGAACUCGCCAGGCAGCUUCCAGUGUUUCUGCAACAGGGGAUACGUGCUGUACGGAGUAGCACACUGUGGAGAUAUUGAUGAGUGCAGUAUUAACCGCGGUGGGUGCAAGUACGGCUGUGUGAAUUCCCUGGGGAGCUACGAGUGCACCUGCCCUCCCGGCUACAGACUACACUGGAACAAGAAGGACUGCAUUGAAGUAGUGAAAUGUGCCCCUGGUCUGGUUCAGCCCAAAGCAACUCUCACCUGCAGCAAGUCGGGAAACAAGGAGAGCUGUGCACUCACCUGCGCGUCCAAGGCACAUUACUUAGCAGAGUCAGAGAGCAGCUACAGUCUCAGCUGUGGAGUCUCUGCGCUGAAGGGGAAGAGCCAAUCACGACUCAAUACCAGUGCACAGGGCUGCAUAGGUAAGACAGAGGCUGUGGCGCCCCCAGUGAAGCACACAGACUCGUUCCGCAUCAAGAACGCCAAGUGUCACCUGCACCCCAAACUCAGAGGACGCGCGCCUGCCGAGGGGGGGCGUAUGCUCGGACCAGGUGGACAGCCGUGCAGUAACUGCCAGGUGACCUUCGUGAAUGUGAAAUGCGAGUCGUCUAAGAAGGCCAGAGGUCGGAGGGCACGCAACUCCAACAAAGAGGUCACGCGAAUAACCUUGGAACUGGAGGCAGAGGUCAAACCUGGAGAUGCUACAGGAAGCUGUAAUCUGAGCUGUCAGCAUAAGCUUGCGGAGCGCAACAUGCGCUCCUACAUGAAGUCGCUGAAGAAGAGCAUCAACCAGGAGCGCUUCCUGCUGAGGGUGGCCGGGCUGGAGUACCAGCUGGCCCAGAAGCUGCCUCAGCAGCCGCCCAACAAGCCGGACCAGCAGUGCGGACCCGGCAAGGAGAAGGACAGUGGACGCUGUGUCAGAUGUCUGUCCGGUUCCUACUACCACGGCGAGCAGGAGCGCUGUGUCCAGUGCCCCUCGGGGACCUUCCAGGAGCGGGAGGGGCAGCUGGCCUGUGACCCUUGCCCAGGGGGGGAGCGCAGCAACGGACCCGCAGGGGCACGCAACAUCUCAUCAUGCGCAGGCCAGUGUCCUGCGGGCCACUACUCCUCUGAUGGCUUCAAGCCGUGCCAGGCGUGUCCGGUGGGCGCGUAUCAGCCAGAACUGGGCCGCACCUUCUGCUUCCCCUGUGGCGGGGGGCUCGGCACGCGCAGGGAGGGGGCCACCUCAUUCUACGACUGCGAGGUCAAAGUGACGUGUUCUCCUGGCCACUACUACAACACUAACUCCCAUCGCUGCAUGCGGUGCCCAGUGGGGACGUACCAGAGUGAGUUCCGCCAGAACCACUGCAUCAGUUGCCCCGGCAACACCACCACCGACUUCGACGGAGCAACCAGCGUCUCCCAUUGCAAAAAUCGUGAGUGCGGGGGUGAGAUGGGGGAGUUUAUCGGCUACAUCGAGUCCCCUAACUACCCCGGGAACUACCCGGCCAAUGUGGAGUGCACGUGGAACAUCAACCCUCCGCAGAAGAGGAAGAUCCUGGUGGUGGUGCCCGAGAUAUUCCUCCCCUCAGAGGACGAGUGCGGAGAUGUGCUGGUCAUGCGCAAGAACGCGUCUGCCAACUCCAUCACCACCUAUGAGACGUGUCAGACGUAUGAGCGGCCAAUCGCCUUCACCGCUCGCUCACGACGCCUCUGGAUCAACUUCAAGUCCAACGAGGUCAACAGUGCACGGGGCUUCCAGAUCCCCUACGUCACCUAUGAUGAGGACUAUGAGCAGCUGGUGGAGGACAUCGUUAGAGAUGGGAGACUCUACGCCUCAGAGAACCACCAGGAGAUACUAAAGGAUAAGAAGUUGAUAAAGACCCUGUUUGAGGUGCUGGCCAACCCCAACAACUACUACAAGUACACGCCGGGCUACUCCAAAGAGAUGCUGCCGCGCUCCUUCAUACGACUCAUCAGCAGCAAAGUCUCCGCCUUCCUGCGACCCUACAAGUAGUCUCUGCCACCCCCCCAACAACACCAUCAGCCAAUGGCCAUCCCCAUCUCCUCUCCUCUCCUCUUCUGUUGCCAGGCAACAAGUCCCCUUCAAAGCAAACGUUUGCUUUUGUUUUUGGUUUCGUUUCUUUUGUGUCUGUUUCCACUGCAUUCUUUCGACGUUCUCAAGAACUCUUCAGACUUCCAAUCCCUCCUGUCCACCCGCUCCCACCCCACCCCACCCCGCCAAGAAUGUUCCCAGCCAAACCCCCCAAUACCCCUAACGCCCCAACCUGACCCACACAUACCCAACGCACUACCCCACAUGUUAGCCAGAAGAUGGCCAUG